AUGGCUAGGCAAGUUUCUUUAUGUGAUGGGUGCACAGAGCAAGCCAUAAUGGAAAACCCACCACCUUCUCAUCUUUCUUCUGUGUCUUUGGUGGUGCCUGCUUCUUCUAGUGACGCAGCAGUGCCACUGAAGAAUGGGAUGGGAGAUUUCCUUUUCGGGAAAUAUGACAUGGAGGAAUUUAUGUAUAGAGAUGAUGUGCUAGAGCAGUACACGAGGAGGGAAAUGGAAUUGAGGUGUAGCAGAAAGAGACCUAAGAGGCAGGCCUCGUUUGCUGAGUGUUUGGAGUUCUUGAAGAUUGUGUGCUGCUUUCGAUUUUAA